AUGGCGGACAAUGUACCUCCCUCAGCCGACACCCUGCUCAAGGGUGCAGCUUCACGCUCAGCCAAGACCCCCGAAGAGAUCAUCAAAGAAUACGACCUUUUGCCAAAAUUGAUACCCUACCUCGACCGCCACCUUGUGUUUCCGUUGCUCGAAUUUGCGUCCAGUCAGGAGGAAAAUGAUGAGGCCAUAGACGAGAUCACAAAGUCAAAAUAUGAGCUUCUCAAGCAGACGAAUAUGACCGAUUAUGUUGCCAAUCUGUGGCAGGAGAUCAACGAUUCCGACACCAUUCCUCAGGAAUUCAUAAAGAAGCGAGAGGAGGUUGUGCAGAGACUGCAGCAGUAUGUGGAGGAGAGCAGCAAGAUCACGGAGCUGUUGCAGGACGACAAUGUGGUGGGCAACCUUCGCAGCGAUAAGGCUGCCAAUUUGAAGUUCCUUGAGGAGCAGCAUGGCGCGACGAUAGAUAUGGUUAACAUUCUUUACGACUACGGCCGAUUCCAAUAUAGCUGUGGUAGCUAUGGAAACGCGGCAGAGCUUCUCUACCAGUUCCGCGUGCUGUCCACAGACAACGACAAAGUUGCAUCUGCGACAUGGGGCAAGUUGGCUUCGGAAAUCCUGACUACCAACUGGGAGGGCGCCAUGGAAGAAGUUCAGAAAGUCAAGGACUCCAUUGAUACCAGGCUAUUCAAUAACCCCUUGGGCCAACUUCAGCACCGCACCUGGCUGAUCCACUGGUCCCUCUUCCCUCUCUUCAACCACGAACCCGCCCGCGACGUCCUUACCGACCUUUUCUUCUCUCCCGCCUACAUCAACACCAUUCAGACUUCGUGCCCCUGGAUCCUCCGCUACCUCACCGCUGCCGUCAUCACCAAUCGCCAACGUGUCCACAAGAACUCGUCUCUUUACCAGAAGCAACUGAAGGACCUGAUCCGGAUUGUCAGACAAGAAGAAUACGAAUACCAGGACCCCAUCACCGACUUCAUCAAGGCGCUAUACAUUGACUUUGAUUUCGAGGAAGCUCAGAAGAAGCUUGGAGAGGCUGAAGAGGUUUUAAGAAGCGAUUUCUUCUUGGUCGCUGCGGCAGAUGCGUUUGUUGAAUCCGCGAGACAUUUGAUCUCUGAGAGCUACUGCAAGAUCCAUCAACGGAUUGAUAUCAAGGACCUGUCAACCCGACUUGGCCUCAGCCAGGAUGAGGGCGAGAAAUGGAUCGUCAAUCUCAUCCGGGAUACCCGUGUCGAUGCUAAGAUCGACUACAAGGAGGGAACGGUUCUUAUGAACCAUCCUCCACAAUCAGUAUACCAACAAGUUAUUGAGAAGACAAAGGGAGGCUUUUUCAGAACUCAAGUCCUAAGGUAA